AUGGCUCCGUCACAGCAUCUGAUCAAGCUGGAUUUCAGGGAUUACUUUCGGAUUGAGCACAGUACGAACUGCAUGAACGACUUCCUGGAGAUCAGGGACGGACGCCACGGCUAUAAUAAGAUAAAAGAACAUCCAUUCUGCGGGGAGAACUUCCCCCCUUUAAUCACGUCGUCUGAUCGACACCUGUGGAUCCACUUUAAAUCUGACGACAAUAUUGAAGACAAGGGAUUUAAAGCUAUAUACGAAUUCGUGCCACGGCCUCCUAGCUUAAAAACACCUGAAAUAAUUCCCUGCUAUAUCAACCUGACCCAGCCAUAUGAGGGUUUCCUAGAAAGAGGCGAUAUUCCUUCAUAUAUUAUAGAUUUCAAUAUCAAACAUGACCUGCCCAUCGACUGUCUAUGGAAUAUUACCGUUGAGGAAAACUGGGGGAUAUACCUGCAAUUCGACAAGUUCACCCUCGAGAGGCCCAACGACUGCGACAGCAACUUUGUGCAAGUGUUCUCGAACAGUACAGACACACAACAGAUUAAAAUGUUCUGUGGAUCAAUAGCGGACACAGUGUUAUCUAAAUCGAAUAAAAUGUUCCUUCGGUUUUAUUCCGUGUCAAAAAAUGAGAAAACGAUGUUCAAAGCGAACUACACGGCUUAUAGGGAUAUAAUUUCAGGAAAAGAGGAUAAAUGCAACAGCGAUGACCAGUUCUAUUGUGAGGAUGCGACGUGUAUUCAUAAAAGUUUAGAGUGUAAUGAUAAAUUCAACUGCAGAUCAAGAUUCGACGAGGAUGGGUGCCAGUAUUUAAAAAUUGGUUUAUGUCGAUAUGAUUGA